AUGCACGACCCUGGGUUUUGCAAGAAAGACCCCCGAGCAGCAGCGCAGGCUUCUGGAGAAUGCAAGCUCCCACCUGGCCUAGGUCCACCUUCGAACCCCUUCCAGACUUCCGAGCUCCAGACGUCCCGCAACUCCGCCUUGAUCCCUACCCGAUACCUAGAGGAGGAGAGACCUAGUGAGGGUACCUCGGAAACUCUCCCCUUCCCUCUCCUCGGCCCCUUUAAGCUCCCCCCCCUUCCCUGCUCUCCCUCCGCCCCCCGCCGCUGUCUUCAUCUCUCCAUCUCUGUGCUGCCGCUGCGCCGGCUGCGCAAUCCGCACACCAAGACUCCGACGCCAGCCAGGGACCCCGACUCCCGCUGCAGACACCCUGUCCCAGCGACACCACAGGCAUGUCAUCGGAAAAGUCAGGAGACUCGCUUCGAGGGCCCACUGCCCCCGCCGCCGCCGGCCGCCGCCGCCCCACCCCCGCCGGCGCCCUCCCAUACGGCCCAGGCUCCGGGCUUCGUAGUGCCCACGCACACGGGGGCGGUAGGCACGCUGCCACUGGGGGGCUAUGUAGCCCCCGGCUACCCCUUACAGCUGCAGCCUUGCACUGCCUACGUGCCGGUCUACCCAGUGGGCACGCCCUAUACAGGCGGGACUCCGGGGGGGACGGGAGUAGCCUCCACGCUCCCCCCGCCGCCCCAGGCCCCAGGGCUGGCCCUGCUAGAGCCGAGGCGCCCGCCGCACGACUACAUGCCCAUCGCGGUGCUGACCACCAUCUGUUGCUUCUGGCCUACGGGCAUCAUCGCCAUCUUCAAGGCAGUGCAGGUGCGCACGGCCUUGGCCCGCGGAGACAUGGUGUCUGCCGAGAUCGCUUCCCGCGAGGCCCGGAACUUCUCCUUCAUCUCCCUAGCGGUGGGCAUCGCAGCCAUGGUGCUCUGUACCAUCCUCACCGUAGUCAUCAUCAUUGCCGCUCAGCACCAUGAGAACUACUGGGAUCCGUAAGGACGCACCCGGCCUGGCCCCGCCCCGCGCCCCUCAACCUCCCAAGCGCGUUCUGCAGCCACGCAGCGGAUCCAGUGGGUGCCCCGCACACCUGCCUCUGGGGCCACCGAAUUUCGAUACAUCCUAAACUCUGCCUCCACGGAACCUCUCGCCUUGCGGGCACGCUCCGAAUCCAGUUCCUCAGGAACCCCGAAAAAACCCACCCCCCCCCAGGGAUGCCACUUUCCGGGAUCCCCGCCAAAUGCCGGGCCCUCAGUCACUCCAGUACCCCGCCGCCUCUAAAUGCAGCGACCCCAGCGGAGCUCCUUGGGUCUCCACUCGCCGCUGGGAGACCGGUCCCCAAAGCCCCGCCUCCUCUAUAGGCUCCGCCCUGGCUCUGUCAAAACCCCGCCUCCAGGGCGGCAGGCUCCGCCUUCCUUUCCUUCCCCGCGAGGUGACUGCGUCCGGUGAUUGGGUUGUGGCGCUAGGCCUCGCCCCCAGACUGACACACUCCUCCCCUUCUCCUGGCGCGGGGACCUAGCCCCGAGGUAGUUACGCCCCCACGCUCUCUCAUUUUUGAUGGUACAGUUUUGUCUUCUCCACCCAGGUCUCUUACUAUUUUCUUGCUAAUCCCAGAACCUCUACUUUUGGUAAUUUUGGAAUGAGAUUUCGGAGGUUCCCAGUUUAGGACCUUUCACCCCGGGAUGACGAACGUCCCCGUUGUCUGUAAAUAUUCCCUUCCACCUAUUCCAAUCAGUGGGCAGCCGGUCAGAAGGUAACCCAGGGUAGGACCUCCCAACGUCAGGAGGAGCCAGCCCCGUUCCCCGCUCCCCUCGCCAGUCCCUACCUUGUUCUGAUUUGUGCGUGAGUGUGUGUGUGAAUUUCUGAAAGAACAUUAAAGAGACUAAGUGGAUUUAUCA